CGAAUGGCAGGCACCUUUCCUCCUCUUACAUCAGUCUCUACUCUGUGCCUCUGACCGACUCCUCGCACGCAAGUACCCCCACCUGCUCCUCUCCCCUCUCCCCCACCCCACCUCGCCGCCUCUCCCCGUGUCCGGCGGCCACCACGCCCAUUGUGACCGCGCGGGGCACGGGAGCGACCGGGCUGGUCUAGGGGCCUCUCCUCCAGAAAGCGCGCGGAAAGAAGAGGGGCCGGGGCGGUAGCUUUCUUGGAUCGAUUGCUCCCGAGCUGCUCGCGACGAUUAGUCGUCCCGUGCGGCAGCCAUGUCUGUGGAGCUCAUCCUCUGGCUCUUCUCCUUCGCCUCCGUCAUGGUCCUCAUCGGCCUCACCGCGUACCAGCUUAUCUGUUUGUCUGAUUUGGAGUAUGACUAUAUCAACCCAUAUGAUUCAUCAUCUCGCAUCAACGCGGUGGUCCUUAUAGAAUACUCGCUUCAAGCAGCCCUGUGUGCUUCUUUCCUCUUGACCCUUCAUUGGUUCCCCUUUCUAGUCAUGGCACCUGUAACGUACUACCAUGUGAAACUGUACAUGGCUCAGAAACAUCUUGUAGAUGUCACUGAAAUUUUUAGACAAUUAAAUGGCGAGAAGAAGUACAGGAUGAUCAAGCUUGCCUUCUACUUCUGCCUAUUUAUUAUAACUAUUUACAGGCUUGUGAUGACAGCCGUGAUGCUGUUUAUCGACGAGGAUGUAAAUCUGGUAGAAACUAGGACUAUCUAGACUUUGCCUCCAACUUUUCACAGCUCACAGGGGAGCAGUCUUGCAGUCUGUGAACAGCAGGCUGAAAAGAACACAGUUAGGAGGAACCAGUGAGACCAGAACUGAAUGCCUUGCCCGAGUUACAAGAAAGAAGAUCAGCUCGUGUGCAAUAGCUGGAGGAGCUAAUCUGGUGUCUCAGAUUCUCAUUGUUCAUUUUUGUCCAUCAAACCAAACUGACAAAUCUGAUAUGCUAUGAAUUUUCACUAGUUUGCUCUGUCAAGACCGUCUUUGUAAAUUGGGCUGGCCAUGAUGCAUCACCCUACAAUGAUGACACGUUUGGGACUUUGGAGGCUAUUGUGCAUUUCUUUUGUACUUGUACCCAAGUGCUGCUGCUGUAUUUCAUUUCAGCUCCGCGUUGUCUGUGCUCGACUGAUCGGUAAUGUAGUGUUCACUUACCUGAUUCAGUAAUGUGCAUGCCCUGGGACCUCGAUAUCAAGAUGAAUUGAAGCUUAUCCAGGCGUGUACAGUUCGUGUGUA